GCAUUAUUGUACCCAAUGCAGGCGCGGUCGGUAAAGAUGAAGGAGUUUGAGCAUCUUUCCUUUAACUAUACAGACGGUCUCAUUAUGGACAGUAGAGUUUGGCAAGAUGUGUGCCGCAUACUAGUGUAAUCUGACUCUCUCUGACUUACACGAAACGCAGGGCAGCGCAGCUUAAUGCUCGAGGUGAUAGUUCUUAUGCUGCAGGGUAUAUUGCCCACGAUUUGGCAAUUUAUUGGAAACGUAUGUGCAGCGAAGGAUCACGGCCUCGGCUGUAAGUAUGCUGGGUUGUUGGUAAGCUACGGAAUUUGGUGCAGUUGUGUCGAUGCAUUCUCCCGCCACGAGCUCCUCGUGUAGCUUGAGUAUUAUUGCAGCUGCAGCAGGCCUGUGUUUAUGGCCAAUCUCUAGGACCUCGGAGCCUGUCCGGUUAAACUCAAUAACCACUUUCAAAGGUGAAGAGCGAUGCAGCGAUGUUGCGGAUAGACAGGUAUAAUUUGAGCCUUUAGUGUACACCUAAACUUCUGCCUAGGUUAGUGAGUGACUCGGGAGAGCCGUUUGCAAAUAUCGCGGCCAGCACAAUGUCAACCGCGUAUAUGCCGGGCCACGGAACGGCAUCCGGAUCAUCAUGAAACGACAGGAGAAAACAGAAGAAUCUGACAGCCUAAGAGCGAGAUGAUACGUAAGGCAGACGCGAGAAAGCGGCGUUCAC